GUUUUCCUAUUGGGGUUAUGCGCCAUAUUGGCAGUCUCCUCCAUCUCACCAAACGACGAGCAUGCAUGUCUGUAACCGGUUAUUGAGGAGAUAUCUUUAAAUAUUUGCAGCCACCUGCGAGCAACACUAUGGAGGCCGUCAAAUCAUUUAACAAUGAGCUGUACUCAUUGAACGAGUACAAGCCGCCCAUCUCCAAGGCCAAGAUGACACAGAUCACCAAGUCAGGAAUCAAAGCUAUAAAAUUCUACAAGCAUGUUGUCCAGAGUGUGGAGAAGUUCAUUCAAAAGUGCAAACCAGAAUACAAGGUCCCUGGCCUGUACGUCGUCGAUUCGAUUGUCAGACAGUCGCGGCACCAGUUUGGCACGGAGAAGGAUGUUUUUGCCCCACGCUUCAGCAAGAACAUCAUUGCAACGUUCCAGCACCUUUACCGCUGCCCUUCAGAUGAUAAGAGUAAGAUAGUGCGCGUCCUGAACCUGUGGCAAAAGAAUGCAGUCUUCAAGAGUGACAUCAUCCAGCCUCUGUUGGACAUGGCAGCAGGGAUUCCCCCUCCCAGCGUCACACCCGUCAUGCCCAGCAGUGCUUCUCAAGUCAAUAACACUACACCUGGCACCCCAGCUACUCCGGCUACCCCAGCUAACAUAGUCCCGGGUCUGCCUGACUGGGCUUCCCAGAUUACCAACACAGACACUGUGGCUGCUGUGGCACAAAUCCUCCAGAGUCCCCAGGGACAACAGCUGCAGCAGCUGGUACAGAGUCUGCAGAUGCAGCAGCAGAAGCCCCAGCCGUCCCUGCUGCAGGCCUUGGAUGCUGGCCUGGUGGUGCAGUUGCAAGCUCUGACCGCUCAACUCACUGCCGCCGCAACUGCCAACAGCCUCAACCCCCUGGAGCAGAGGGUCUCCUCUUUUAAUAAGAAGCUUCUGGGUCCUUUUGAUUUUGGGAAUGAUUCUGAACGCGGUGAAGAAUCUAAAAAGGAUUCUUCAUCAUCGCAAAUGCCCAUGGUGUCAGAGCCCAUGAACAGCUCGCUCUUCCAUCAGCUGGCCGAGCAGCUACAACAGCAGAACCUGGAACAGUUUCAGAAGCAGCUUUUAGAGCAUCACCAACAGAAGGCAAUGAGCAUAGAAGGUCAGGACUCGAUGUUUGGGCACGAGAACUCUGUUGUGACAGCUCAGAGCAGCGGCCAGCCACAGCUUUCUGAGCCAGAUAACAAGUUGGAUGACACCAUAGACAACCAACAGCAGGACAUGGAUCUGGACGAGGGCCCAGAUGGUAUGGAAGAGGAGAUCUUUGAGACAGAGGAGAAGAAGAUUGUAAGCACACGCUCCAGAACACGCUCAAGGUCGCGCUCUAGGUCUCCCAAGAGGAGAAGGUCCAGGUCCCGCUCCGGCUCACGGAAGCGGAAACACCGCAAGCGGUCACGCUCACGCUCCAGAGAUCGCAAGAGGAAGUCUUCACGGUCUUACUCGAGUGAAAGACGGGCCCGAGAGCGAGAGAAGGAGCGGCAGAAGAAAGGACUGCCUCCCAUACGAUCCAAAACUCUCAGUGUGUGCAGCACCACUCUGUGGGUGGGCCAGGUGGACAAAAAGGCCACUCAGCAAGACCUCACCAACUUAUUUGAAGAGUUUGGCCAGAUCGAGUCCAUCAAUAUGAUCCCUCCCAGAGGCUGUGCCUACAUCUGUAUGGUCCAUAGACAGGAUGCGUACCGCGCCCGGCAGAAGCUCAGCACAGGCUCCUUUAAGAUUGGCUCCAAAGUCAUUAAGAUUGCAUGGGCUCUGAACAAAGGGGUAAAGCAGGAGUACAAACAGUUCUGGGAUGUGGACCUGGGUGUUACCUACAUACCUUGGGAGAAGGUGAAGCUGGAUGACCUGGAUGGCUUUGCUGAGGGAGGAAUCAUUGACCAGGAGACCGUUAAUGAUGAAUGGGAAGCAGCCAAGAAUGCCGAGCCAGCCAAGGAAGUUAACAUACAGCCAGUGAGCGCUGAGACUAUGGCAGCGUCUAACACCCACAACGAGACCUACAGCCAGCAGGUCACCAUGAUGCCUGUGCAGCUCCCAGUGGCCCAGGCUGUUCCCAGUGCAGUAGGUUUGGUGCCUCCUAGCUUCCCCGUCAGCAUGGGCAUACCCCCACCAGGCUAUGGGCCGCCACCCCCUUUCAUAAGGGCUGGCUUCAAUGCCUCACAGCCUCCGCCAGGUUUUAUGCAAGCAGCACAGACGGCGGCCAUGGCCUCAGCUGCUACUUCUUUAGUGCAGCCUUCAUUGGCAAACAGCCUAGAAACUGUCAAGGAAUCUCCAUUCAGUGCUAUGAUUCCUCCGACCGGCAUUCUCCCUGGCGGCUUCAUGGCUGGUGUGUUCAACCCAGUGGGAAUCCAAACUCAGCAAGUCACCAAUGAUAAAACAUUACAGUCUGCAGACUGUAUGGAUGCUGCUGCAGAACUUACACUGCAAGGUAUGCAGAAUGCAGUCCGCAGUGGGAUGGGUCUCCUUGGCAUGCACCCCACAGCUUCACUCACCCACCAGCUGCAUCAGUCUGGUCUGGCUGGGCAAAGAAUGCCAGGCAUGCUGCCUCUGGAUGUGCGACCUAACCUCCUCCAACCUGGGGCUGCCGGUCGCUUCCCACUCCUCAUGCAGCCGGGGCCAGUCCAGCAGGUUGCUGGCCUGCUUGAGAGUACCCUCCAGGCUCAAGCCCGUGCACGGGUUCCCUUCUCUCAGCUGGACCACUUCAACAGGGUCCCAAACCUUACCAAUGAAAAUGUAUCCAAGACAGAAGACGAGUCUUCCUCUGGAGCUGAUGAGGGAAAAGACCAGGACUACCGCUUCCCUCCAAUGGAAAAGCAGAGCACAGGCCUGCUCAGGACCCCUCCACCAGAGCAUAGGGAGGCCCAUGGAGGUGGAGGCGGAGCAGGAGGUGCUGUAGGGGGCAGGCCGCCAUUGCUCCAGACCCCAGGGGCUCAGCCAGGCAGAACAAGCCUAGUGGGACGUCUGCAGGCUCUCGCAGGCUUCACGCCUGAUAACCGCUGGAACCAGACCAGAGGGGACUUUGAUGAAAGAGAUAGCAUGCGAGGAAGCCUCCCGGCCCCAGGCGGUCUAAAAGGCUUCCAGGAAGAACGGCCCACACCCGGGCAGAACUUCCCCAACCGCUUUGACAGCCGUCCUGGGACAGCAGGAGGAGCAGCUGGAGUUUCAGGCAAUGCUGGAGCUGUUGGGGGUCCGCAGGCCUGGAACCGUGGAGGAGCCGCCGCAACACCGUUUGACAGCGAACAACAUCAAGACUUAGAUGAGCGAAGACGCCCGUGGGAAAGGCAAAGAGACAGAGAUGAAAGAGAGAGAGAUUUUGACUUCAGAAGGGAGAUGAAUGGCAACCGUCACAGCAGAGAAAGAGAGAGAGAGAGGGACCGCGAGAGGGACAGAGACAGGGAACGAGGCAGAGACCGCCCCAGAGAGCAUGAACGUGACAGAGACCGUGACAAAGAGAGAGACCGUGAGAGGGAACGUGAACGUGGGGGCUGGACACCUCUCCUCCCUCUUCCUACGCCACUGCUUCCAACUCCAACUCUUAAUCCCAAUUUGACCCUGAACCAAGGCAAACUGCUUGCACCACUCAAAUUGAACCCCCAGAUUCAGUCUCGAUUCCAGUCUCCACUCCUGCCUCAAGCUCAGGCCAAACCCUCUCUCUUGGGUCAGCCGCUGCCUCAGGUUCAGAUUAAGUCUCCACCUCCAUCACAGAGCCAGGCAGCUGCUUCCGAUCCCCAGUCAGAAACCCCAGCUCGGUCUGAGACAUCUAAGGCACAGUCACCACCCUCAGCCCAUUCACCUGACCGGUCAUCUGACAACAAAGAUCAGAGCCCAUUGACUGAGGCUCAAACCCUGGUAGAGUCAUCACCGCAACCUGAGACUCCCCCACAAACAGAAUCACCAUCCCAGUCCCCAUCCCAGUCUCCGUCCCCCUUCAAAACCACUGCUUCUCCAGACACUGAGACCCCAAGCCAAGCAUCACCGCUGGUUGAGGCCUCACCCCAGGACUCACCUGUGGCCUUCACACAAGCUGCCAGCUCUCCUGAAGAGACUCACUCUCUGGAGGAGCAGGAAAGCCCACAGCACGAUGAAGAGGAGUCACAAGAGAAACCUUCCUCACCCCAACCCCAGUGGAUCAAUGGAGCUGGGAUAGACAAUAGCACUGGGGCCGAAUCUACACCUGAGGCCUCCCCUGAGCUUUCCCCUGAGCCCACUGAAGAACCCUCUCCCGACUCUGUGCUCCCUGAAAGUGAUCCGGAGCAGGAGCAGCUUGCCUCUCCUGAGGAUGUAGACAAUGAACAGAGUGAGCCCAUGGAGGAAGCUGCGAGUCAGCCAGUGGUAGACACUGUCACAGACACUGAGGGGACAUAAUCAUCACUCAGUAGGUAAAAGAUCAUUUUGUAAAGUUGUCUCUUCUUCUCUGUACUCAUGUCAGCAAACCACCACACGGGACAUGGCGAAUACUGACUCACAUCAGUUAUUGUCUUAUAACCAAUAACAAAUGAUUUUAUCUCUCACAAAUACCAGUGUACUUAAAUAGAAGGCUCGUUAGCUGAUUUAUUGAUAGACAAUUUUCUUUGUGUUUUUAUUUCCUUUUUUUAGGUUGUAAUGCCACCCCAUCCGUUUUUAAUUAAUCUAAGCUUGGCGAAUUUUAUUGAAUUGCCUACCAAAAUGUUUCAAUUGUAUAUGGAGAAAAUGCUCUUUGACCUUCCUAUGGAAGAGAGUAAAACAUCCUGGCUGUUCGACAAUGGAUUGAAUACAGUUAACACACAAUACUUGAAAAAGGCAGUUGCUGGCCCGAUUUCUGUCUCCUCUUCUUUUAAUGCUGCUGCAAAGUUUUCAGUGAAUGCUUUUGUGGUGUCCUACAAUGCUUUCUGUUUCUACGCAGAAAAAUAUAGCCUGCAUACAGCGAGACAAGUACAGCUGCUUAUAAUUGGAAAAAAUGAACAUUAUUUAAGAUGAAAACAUGAACAUGUUGUAUCCCCAAAAUAAAUGUCUGUAAUUUGUUUCCAAUUAUACAGUGAACACAAACAGAAAAUUACAUGCCAGGGGGAGAAAAAGAACAGAGGGAUGUUCUCAUGUUGGGUGCAUAUUGUUUUAGUUUGAAAUAAACAUGCUUUGUCUGCUUAAAAAAAACACAUGCUUUAGGACUGUUUUCUGACCCAGGACCAGUGGAAACUAAGACUGCUUUACAGACUCGUACACAUUGUGUGCUGUCACUUCAGUCGAUUUGAUGUUCUCGUAACUCAAGUUGCUGCUAUACCAUCCAUCCACAGAGCACUUUGUUGGAUGCAACCGUGGGACUUGUAGUUUUUAGUUUCUGAUGACUUCAGCCUGUAUGUUUCCCUAAGCUUUUGCUGGGUGACUGUUGAGGAUGGGAUUGUGCCUUUUUUGAAUGGAUUUGUCGUUCAUGAUGCUACCCAACACUACUGUGUGAUGUACACCAGACUUUGCGUGCAACUCAGUUUCAGACGGCUCUAUGAACACAAUGCUACCUGCACAGAAUUGACUGGCCUACCGUUUGAAUGGUAGCUGGGCAGUUUGUACAGCACUCACCUAGAGGAGAACAAGUCUAUAAUAUACUCCAUCGUUCUGUGCAUGCAGGCCUGUAGCCAUGUUUUAACCUUCUUGUCUCUCUUGUCAUUUCAUACUUGUAGUGCUUUUCUGUUGAGACAUACUACUAGAAAUCCAUAGUCUGCUCUCAGACCAAAUGUCUACUACAGGAGUUGUGAUGUUGAAUAAAAGUUGAAGGUGCAUCAGA